AUGGAGCGGAAAUGGAAUAACGACGUAUUUGGUUUCAUCGAAAAGGCGAAGGAAACAAACCUGUACAAAGUUAAUAAGGGGCUAGUUCCAGAUAUGAAUGUCAUAGGGCAUAUGUAUUUAAAUGAUAGAUUAAAACUGUUGAUAGAUGAUGAGAUUAGAACUUAUCAAUUGAAUAGAAGCUCUACCUUUCUACCAGCAGUUAUUCAAAUAGCUAAUGUAUCUACAUUACCAGGAAUAGUAAAAGCAUCCAUUGCUCUUCCCGAUGUACAUGCAGGUUAUGGAUUUUCCAUCGGAAACGUUGCAGCAUUUAAUAUGAAUAAUGAAAAAGCAAUAAUAUCUCCUGGAGGUGUUGGUUUCGAUAUAAAUUGUGGGGUUCGCUUAAUAAGAACUAAUUUAUUUUAUGAUGAUAUAAAAGAUAAACAAGAAGAAUUAACACAGUUAUUAUUUAAUCAUAUACCUGUAGGAGUUGGAUCUCAAGGAUUUAUUUUAUGUAAUCAAGAAAAUCUAGAUGAUGCUUUAUGUUUAGGUAUGGACUGGUGCAUUAAAGAAGGCUAUUCAUGGAUUGAAGAUAAAGUAAAUUGUGAAGAUAAUGGACGUAGUUUAUAUGCAGAUAGUAAUUUUGUAUCUAUACGAGCUAAAAAAAGAGGUAUAACCCAAAUGGGUACAUUAGGAGCUGGUAAUCAUUAUGCGGAGAUACAAAUUGUUGAUGAAAUUUAUGAUAAACAAAGUGCUAAAUUAAUGGGAAUAGAAAAAAAAAAUCAAGUAUGUGUUAUGAUACAUUCAGGAAGUCGAGGUCUGGGGCAUCAAGUAGCUACAGAUGCAUUAAUUGAAAUGGAAAAGAGUAUGAAAAAAUAUAAAUUAAAUGUAAUUGAUAAACAAUUAGCAUGUACACCAAUACAUUCAAAAGAAGGAAAAAAUUAUUUAAAAGCUAUGGGAGCUGCUUGUAAUUUUGCAUGGAUUAAUAGAUCAUCUAUGACUUUUUUAGCUAGACAAACCUUUUCUAAAAUUUUUAAUCAAUCUCCAGAUGAUCUAGAUAUGCAUGUGAUAUACGAUGUAUCACAUAAUAUAGCAAAAAUUGAAGAACAUUAUUUUGAUGGUAAGAUACAAAAUUUAUUAGUACAUAGAAAAGGGUGCACCAGAGCUUUUCCUCCUUUUCAUCCAUUAGUCCCACUAGACUAUCAAUAUUGUGGACAACCUAUAUUAAUAGGUGGUACUAUGGGUACAUAUUCUUAUGUACUCACAGGUACUGAAAAAGCGAUGCAAGCUACUUUUGGAUCCACUUGUCAUGGCGCUGGUAGAGCUUUAAGUAGAAACAAAAGCAGAAAUUCUUUAAGUUAUGUAGAUGUUCUAAAUAAACUAAAGGAUGAACAUAUAUCCAUACGAGUUGCUUCCCCAAAAUUAAUUAUGGAAGAAGCUCCUGAGUCUUAUAAAAAUGUAUCGGAUGUUGUUCAAACUUGUCAUGAUGCGGGUAUAUCGAACAAGUGCUUUCGACUUAAGCCGGUUGCUGUUAUAAAGGGGUGA